AGGCCUUUCGGGGAACCACGACGACUUCCACGAUGACGCAAUAGUCAUGCCAAAUUAUACAUGUAUAUUUCACCUCCACCCGGAAGGCUAAAGCCAUCCUCUCGGCCUCUAAGUGCACAACGGAACUAGAAAUCAAGGAAGAGAGACCAAAAGGCGUUAGAAAAAUGCAGCAUUGAGAGGCAGCGCGGAGGUCAACUGGACCAUCCCCCUUAGGUUGUGGGGAAGAAAACUGAGACCUAAAAAGGUGAAGCGGUCGUCCCAAAGGCUUCCAGCUGCUCCCAGUACUCAAGGACUUGGAGCACACUUGGGGAAAUGCUCACUGUUGUAUUCCCAUUCCUCACUAUCCGGGAGGCCUGAACUCUCAAACUCCGAAUCUGAUUUCCACUCUCCCAGGAAGGCUUCGGAAAUCACUGUGGAUCGUCAAUACAGGAGUCCAUACUGACUCAAUCCCUAAUUUUGGCCUGUAUUCUUCUCCCUGUCUGAACCAUCUUCUUAGAAGUCACUGAACCAAGAGUGCCAGAAAACCAUCCCAAGACUCACAUAGUUGUUCCUCCAUAGUGGAUGUUUUGGCCACUGGACAUCAGAACCACAUAUUGGGUUUGAAGAAUCUUCUACAUGAAGAUCUUCAAUACAAGAAAUACGAAAUAAAGUUCCUGAGGCAGAAAAAACAUGGUACCAGAUGAAACCACUGACCUACACAAAGAAAUGAAGAGCACCAGAAAUGGGGCAAAAGACUUGAACAGACAUUUCUCCAAACAAGAUAUAAAUCACCAACAAGCACAUGAAAAGCUGAGAAAGUGGAACUCCAGAGACACUCCUGAAAUUGUCCUAAGUCAAAGGAGCCAAACGGUAUACCAGGUCCCUCUCUGCCGUCCCCUCUGAGAGCAGCCAUGGCCCUGAGUGAUGUCGAUGUGAAAAAGCAGAUUAAGCACAUGAUGGCUUUCAUUGAGCAGGAAGCCCAUGAGAAAGCCGAGGAAAUCGAUGCCAAGGCUGAGGAAGAGUUUAACAUUGAGAAAGGACGCCUCGUGCAAACCCAACGACUGAAGAUUAUGGAGUAUUAUGAGAAAAAGGAGAAGCAAAUAGAGCAACAGAAGAAAAUCCUGAUGUCCACCAUGAGGAAUCAGGCGAGGCUGAAAGUCCUGAGAGCCCGAAAUGACCUCAUCUCAGAUUUGCUCAGUGAGGCGAAGCUGAGACUCAGCAGGAUUGUGGAGGACCCAGAGGUCUACCAGGGGCUGCUGGAUAAACUGGUGCUCCAGGGUCUGCUCCGACUGCUGGAACCUGUGAUGAUUGUGCGCUGCCGGCCACAGGACCUCCUCCUAGUGGAGGCUGCUGUGCAAAAAGCCAUCCCCAAGUACAUGACAAUUUCCCAAAAACAUGUGGAGGUCCAGAUUGAUCAAGAGUCAUACCUGGCUGUGAAUGCAGCUGGAGGUGUGGAGGUCUACAGUGGCAAUCAGAGAAUAAAGGUUUCAAAUACCUUGGAAAGCCGACUGGAUCUCUCAGCCAAGCAAAAGAUGCCAGAAAUACGAAUGGCCUUGUUUGGUGCUAACGCCAACAGAAAGUUCUUUAUAUAAGCCUCUGGGAAAUGAAGCUAGUGUUGAACCACUAAACCAUAAAAGUUUAAGUUUUUUGGGGAAAAGAAACCAGUAGUGUUUCCUCCUCUUUGAUGCUCUGAUAUUGUUCUGUUUUUCUUCAUGAAAUACCCUUUGGAUAGCUAAAGUGUUAACUUUGAAAUAAAGCCCAAAUUAAU